AUGUCAAAUCAUCAAUUAUUACAAGAAUUCGUUGGCUUAACUUUAGUUGAUAGUAAUGAUCGUAUAGAUCGUACAGCUAUUAUUGCUACUAUUGGUAAAAUUAUACCGAUUGAUGAUGUUGAAUCCUUCGGUAAUUUAGGUGAUAUUAAGAAAUGUUUCGUUUUAUUUAAAACGAAUUCAUCAAAAGAAAAAAAUUUUAAAAUUUGA